AGGCACUAAGCCAGAUGUUCUCUGACUAAGCUACCGUUUCCGUUCUCGAGAUUUCGUGUAGGUCGCCAUUCAUUUCUGCGGCAGCUUGAACCCGUGAGGUGACCCAUUUAUGAGUCUUAUUACAAGCUUCUGCUGAUCCCACCCGUCGAGGCCACAACAAAGGUGCUCGAGAAGCCGGAGAUGUUCGUUUAGGAAGGUGUGCCCAUAUGUCUGAAGCCAUCCUGGGUCUGGAGUUUGGAAAGCCGCAAGCCCCUCCAUCCACGAAUGGGGGGGACAGGUCUCGGCCGGAGGCAGAUGAUGAUGAUGGUCCACCCUCGAACAAGCGCAGCAGGCACCGAAAAACAGUUGGCUUUGACAGCGUCACCGUUUACUACUUUCAGCGCAUGCAAGGCUUCACAUGUGUCCCAAGUCAGGGUGGAUCCACACUCGGAAUGAGCCCCCUGCAUGUGGAGAAGCGCACGUUCAGUUUGCGGCAGCAUGCACAUGAGAGGCGCAGGCUGCAGUUUGGUGACGUUGACUGUAGCAACACAUCAUCGUCUAGCUCGCUGUCUCCAGAUGACACUGCUGGGUCUUCUUCUUCAGCCGGGGAUGGUAGCAGUGCAUACCAGGGUGGCAAUUCUCUGCUAGGAGCUGGCGAGGAGGAAGACGACGACGGGGAGACGCUGAGUUACCUGCAGCCUGUGCCGACCCGUCAGCGACGGGCGCUGCUGCGUGCCAGUGGGGUGCGCAAGAUCGAUGCCCUCGAGAAGGAGGAGUGCCGUGACAUUCGAGCAUCGCGGGAGUUCUGUGGUUGUGCCUGCAAGGGCCGCUGCUUGCCAGAAAGCUGCUCCUGCUCUAUUGCAGGCAUCUCCUGUCAGGUGGACCGGCUUUCAUUCCCAUGUGGCUGCACCCAGGAGGGCUGUGGCAACACAUCGGGCCGUACCGAGUUCAAUCCAGUGCGAGUGCGUGCCCACUUCCUGCACACGCUGAUGCGACUGGAAUUUGAGAAGCAGCAGGCGGCGGGCAACCUGGGUGCUUUCCAGUGUGUGGACCCGCAUCGGCUGAUCUACUACAAUGCAUCCGCAGCAGCAGGCGGCCUUCCGGCUGCAGCGUGCCAAUACAGCUCGGAAGAGGAAGACGAAGAUGAUAGUUCUUACUCUGAGAACUCGGACUACUCAUCGGAAGAGGAGGACGGCAGUGGUGAUGGCAGGCCCAGCUCUCCACACCGGGACUACACAGACCUCAGUUGUGCAGUGGCCAGGGGAGGUGGAAGCCCUGCACUGGCAUUGCGUGGUGUUGUACCUGUGGACCCUGUGUUUGUGGGUUGCGGAGACUGUGCCACCGACGGACUGCUGGCGGCAGAAGGGUCUCAGGCAGCCACAUCGACAACCGAAGAGGGUGAAGGGUCGUCGUCAACGGCCACGACGGAUAGCACAUUUGGCGAGAUAAUCAAGGCGUCACUGGGCGAAGUGGCCACCUUGUGAAAGCCACGUGUGUGUGAAUGUCAAAUUUUCAACAACUGGGUGUGCUGGACUUGCCAUGUGAUUCACAUCUAGUGCCCAUUUUCCUCAGGCAUGCCCAUAGACCCUUCUUUUUGUUUUCCACACUGUUUUUGUUUCUAUGGCUUUCCACGGCUACAUUUUUAUGGUCUAGGAAUCGCAUCUGCCUUUGGCAGCAGUCAGUCAAUAGCUUGCUCUUCUUUGUCCAGGAGAUGUGCAGAAUUUCAUGUAUAUAAAAUAUAUAAGAAAGCUUCUGCAUGCCAAGUAUACUGCACCAUGUACUUGCAUGUUGAGUGCAUUUCUGUAGAGUGUACACAGCAUACAUUAUACUGCGUACACUGUGGAGUAUACAGGGUGUAAGGAACGGUGUGUAGAGUGCUUAAAUGCUGGCCACAAGCCACCCAGUGUAUGGAAUGUCAUUGUCAGACUGACACUAUUCAUUGGCACAGGAAGUGAUGGUGUGGCCUUCUUGGUUUCCUUGGUUUUGCCAGAGCACCUGCAAAUGCAGUGACCAAGAACAAUUUGUAUAAAAGAGUUUUCUGCAUGGUGUAGUAAUUCAUGGCAUUGAGUGUCGUUAGCCUGAGGUUUCACUUGGAGCUUGCACUGCCAGCGGUGCAGCCAGAGUGGGCACCUGCUUGGUAGCAGAAGUCAGGAAGUUUGUGAUGGUGGCAUGAUCCGCAACCAAGUCUUGAUGUCUGCCAUGAAAGUAAUGGUUUGUGGUUGUCACAGAGGUAUGCUGAACUUGCCUUUGAGUUCUUCUUAGUUCAGGAAAGGGCCAGUGCAAAUUUUUGCGAUCGCUGGUUUCUUUCGUGCCUGCCACAAAUGCUAACGGUGCGUGUAAGUUCAUGCAUGAAAAAUCUGAAUAAUCGCAGAUAGCGGCAAAAAUAUAUUGCUAGAGUUGGAAGUUCUCAAUAUUUUGUUUCCUGAAGAACUGGGAUGCUUUACUUUUAAUAAUUUGAAAGAAGGCUAUGUCGCUUUUGUUUUUUUGAGUGAGUAAGUACCGUUGAUAUUUUCAGAUUGGUUUUAUUGUAAUAGCUGCCGCCACAUAAUACUUCACACUGGCUGCUUCCUUGUUUUUUUGGGAAAAUGUCUGUGUUUGUAAAUCUUUAUCGGACAGUGUCUUGUUCUGUACAGCUGUGUGCUGUUUAAAACAAAAAAGUUUUUUGGACCCUGCAGGUUUGUUUUCUGUGGUUUUUGGUUCAGUUGAAAACGCGAUGAAUCCUAUCUGUAAUGUCAGGUGCUGAUAGACAAGCUGCAGGGACUGCGAUGUUGUGUCAGUCUCCAAAAACAGCAUCCCUUUUAGAUCUUGUACUUUGUGGCAAAUUUACACCUGUCUAUCAGUAUUAGUGAUAAGUUACUCUGUCUUUUGCACUAAAUUUGUUCUUGUUUUUGUUUUUGUUCGAAAGUCUGCGCAGAUCAAAACUAUAGGUUGAAGCACCGAAGGUAGCUGAUGCUUGCUGCAAUAGUCAAGUGUGCGACAGCUCUGUGAUUAGACUGCUUGAGUAUGUUGCGGCCUACACUCUGUGCAGUUAAAACUCGUAACAUUGUAAUGCACUCGGUGUGUGUUGUACAGCUUUGUUUUCUGCCAUUAAUGCAGUCUGCAUGUGUGUGUUAAUCGCAGCUAAUGCUACUAUUACUAAUGGCUGCUACUAAUGCUAUGCACAUCUUAGCACACAAAGGAGGUGCACAUGUGAGAACGACGACUACUACUGGCGCCAUAUGAGGGUGCACCUCAUAUAUUGACGGAGGUCAGGCGAGGAAACGAAAAGCCAUGCGUUUACUGGUCUUGUUCAGUCUCAGUGAUAACAGUUAAAAAGGAGUAUGCGCAAUUGCUGUGCCUGCAUUUUGGAGGUCACCAAUUCAAGCGGACAAAUCACAUGUGACCCACUCAGCCUUGUGUGCAGUUGUGCGUCUUGUAUGACAUCACUGAGGUCUAACUGUGGUGGUGAUGCCUGCAUAUUUGUUGUAAAAGCUUCACUCGAAAACAAAACAAAAGGUAUUUAAAACCCUACCCAUGACGAUGUGGCACUCUUUAUUUUUUUUGUAUGUUCAUGCUCAAGAAUGCUUAAAUUCCAAGUGUCCCUGUCAUAUUAUAUCAGGCAAAAAUGCCUGGUAGUACUGUGAAAACUGCAAUGUCUCUUGAUAGUUCUUUAUUGCUGUGAGUGUAGCAGCAACUAGAGCACGCUUGUUUAGGGGGAUACUCACAGAAUCAAUGGUAGUUCAGGGGAUGUACAGUUAAUGCUCAUGGACAAGGGAUUCUCUUCUUGCCUUUUUUAUAAUUUUGCCAUCUUUUAUGAGUUUCUACCUUUCUACCCAAAUUUUGCCAUCACAAAGCAUGUGAUGUUUUGACGAUGUGCUUGGUUACAUGUACUUUGUUAGUGACAUUACUACAGUGGCACAUCACCACCCUGGGGUUAGGAAGACCUCACAGCAGGACAUGACUGGUGUUUGGCAGUGCCCUUGCAGUGGAAACCAGUGCUGCUUACCAUAAUUACUGAUUGCAGUGCACUGCUGAGAUGUGCACAAAAAUGCCAGGAAAAUACAUGGAAGUUCCAUUUGUGUGUGUCUCAGUAGUGAGCUGCAAUCGGUAGCAAUGCAUAGCCAACUAGCCACCACCUUAGCUUGCCCUAAUGUUGUGCAUAUUUCAGAUGAGUGCUGCCAACCCAUGAUUCCACCUGAGUUCUUAAAUCUAGAAGCUUCUUUGAUGCUUAUUUCGAAAGGCAUCCACAUUAAAACAUAUAUUAGAUUUAAUGAAAAUUUUAAAAUUAACCCAUAUAUGCCCAGUGUCCUACAUGCUUCUUUGAUGUGCCCUAACAUCGCUACUUCCUUAGGUGAAGACCAUUGAUAUCAAAGGAAGUCUGCCCAAACAUGUGCUAUAGCCUUCAGAUUGUUUGCCCUUAGUAUUACCACGUACAGACUACUUCAUCUGAGCACUCUGUACGAGAAAGGCCCUGGAUAGCCAAAGUUAUGACACUUUCGUUUUUUUCAAAUUAUUGCAGUAAUCCUGCCAUUUCACCAUUUGCGCUAAAAGUAGUUUGUUAGCAGGGGCCAUACUAUUGCCCGUAAUUGCAAAUACACAACUUGAGCUCAGUGCCACGAGAAAAAAACUCGGUGCAAAAAGCGCUGCAAAACUUUGUUGCACUUACCUGACAGUAAAUAAAUAUUUUGUACGUUUUGUUGAGGGAACAAAUCCCCUAUUCGUGAAUAAAAGUCUUUAUUUGCUCAAUUUUUCCGAGUAUGGGCAUAUAUGGGUUAACAAUGCAAGAACCUGUUAAAAUGAGGAAUUAUGGGCAACCUGAAGUAAAUUCUCUGCAUUGCUGCUGUCAUACUAUUUUGGCACGUUGAGCCCUAAUUGUUCAGAGAUAUGUUGAUUCUCACUGUACAGUGUGAAGAAUCAGAGCGGUAGAGGCAGAAAGGUAAACGAGGCUUAUGGCGAAAACGCUGAGGCAGUACAGCACAAAUCAGAUAGGCACACCUGAACAAAUCAGUACAUUUUUGCAGAGAACACUACCUUAAUAGGGUGUGGUUCUGCACUUGAGCAGCACCAUCCCCCCUGAAUUGUUAAUACUGUAUUUUAAAAGUUGAUUUACACUUUGCAUAUUUUUAGCCUUUUGAUACUUGAGGAUUUGGCAUUCGAAAGAAACGCUUAUGCACAGUGAUCGCGGUAAUGCAUUGCCUUGACCUGGCUUGCCAUUCGUUACAGUUUAUCAACAUCCAUUUUCUGACCUACAUUACACUAGGUUCAAGGCAUAUAUUAAUAUAAAGUUGCUUCAUUGUUGCUGUUUGUGGUCCUUGUUUUGUAUGCAAGUGAUAAUUCAAUGAAGCCUUUCAUUCUAAGGGCACAAUGUCCAUCCAUUAGCCUUUGUAACAUACCUUAGGUAAAGUGUAUAUUGGGAGACACAGGAACUAAACGUCCCCAUAAACAUGCCAUAAACUCUGCCAUGUGCGUAGAGGUGCCAAACAUAUUCACUCAAGGUGAUGCCAUUCAAUCCAGCAGGCCAUUGCUUGGAACGCUUAAACUCAGGUUCUUACCAAAGUGAAUGUUAACUCAGGAUUGGCAUUUCGAUUCGGUGUUUUCUUAUUAAAUUUUUUCUUCAAAAAGAAAAAGAGAGAAUGCAUUUUUAGCAUGAAUUUGCAGCUCAAUAAGAUGGAAACUUGGGCGAUUUGGUAUCAGUUCAUAUACUUCAGUGUAACAGGGCACCAUAACAAAACAACUGGACUGAAAGGGCAACAAGUGCCUGUCAUUAUCCUGAUUUUUCAACAGACUGGGCAUUUGUUAAGAGCUUCAGUGUGUUUACAAGGUUUGACUAACAAGGUUUAACAAAAAGGUUGGAAUUCCCAAGUUUAAGGGAACAGUAGGGUUGGCAGCACUUGGUCAAAUGGCCCAUGCUUGCCUUCUUUUAAUCAUUUUCCCCCGCUUUGUGUUCACCAUUCUGCUCAUCAUCUCUCUUUUCUAUUCUGCCACGUGGAAAGCUGUUUCAUGACUUGAGUGGAAAGCAAAUCUGUGAUGAUAGGGCCCUUUGUGUUACACUUAGUUCCCAGGGCACAGAACCACUGGUUGAAAGCCUUUUGACCAAUAACUUCCUUGUGCUCACAAAAGGUCCCAACGUUGGUAUGGACUACUCAUUCUUGUGUGGUUUCCCUUUUUUUUCCCCAGAAAAUGUCUCUGAAGGACUUCGAGAUUGAUUAUUUUCAAUAUUUCUGCAGGCUGAUCCAAUACAAUGUCCCAAGUGCAGUGGCGCUGCUUCUGUAUAUUUCAUUGCAUUAAAAAUUGCUGAAUGAAGAGUU